AUGCCUGCGAACCAGACCAAGACGGUGGGAAACGACGAUCGGGAAUUCUGGGCAAUGGCAGCCAUCUUGGCGGCAGAGACGAACUUCCAGAAUCCCCCGAAAGACCAACAACCACAGUGGCUUGCACUUGCACAGGCAGUGUUUGACGAAAUGGCUGGGAGGUGGGACACGACGAGGUGUGGUGGAGGGCUGAGGUGGCUGAUUUUCCCGCUCAACAAAGGCUUCACUUGUGAGAACAGCAUUGCGAACGGCCGCUUCUUCACUUUGGGCGUUCGGUUAGCGAGAUACUACAUGUGGAACGAGACUUAUUCUGACUGGGCAUCCAGAGUCUGGGACUGGGAAGCUUCCGUCGGUCUGAUCCAUAAGGAUUACAAUGUCUUUCUUGAUGGAUCAUCGGACGUCAAGAAUUGUACUACGUUAGAUAGGCAACAGUGGUCCUGUAACGCAGGUAUCUUCCUGCAUGGGGCUGCUAACCUGUACAACUUUACCCAAGGAUCCUUUAUCUGGAAAGAUCGCGUUUCUGGAAUUCUCAAAACCUCCCGCAACAUCUUCUUUGAUGACACCGUGAUGCUAGAGCAGGCCUGCGAAGGCAGCAACAGCUGCAACAUCGACCAGUCCUCUUUCAAAGCCCUUUUCUCUUCCUGUCCGGUCCCGGAAGGUUGGACACAAGAAGCCGGGGUGUUAUAUUUGCAGAGCCAAGCUCGCCGGCACCAGCAUCCUCGCCCCCUUCACCUCCCUACCAUCACGCCCCUCCUCGCCACAUCCGCCAAAUCGGCCGGUCUCCAAUGCACGGGCGGCGACAACGGCACCACGUGCGGGACCAGCUGGACGACCGGGACGUACGACGGCACGGCGGGCGUGGGACAGGAGAUGAGUGCGCUCGGCGCGAUCCAGAGCUCGGUGGUGGCGAUCCCGAGAGGAGCCGCCGCGACGGGUCCUGAGGAUCCUGGAAACGGCGGCGGUUCUGGCACAGGCGACGACAGUCCCAGCUUCGCACCGGUGACGAACAGCACGGGUGGAUCGAGCGUCGGAGAUGCCUCGGCGGGAGCCCACGGGCAUGGAGGCGGAACGGAGAAGGAAAUCAAGAUCACGACGAAGGACAGGGUCGCUGCGGGCUUCGUGACGGUUGCGAACGCUGGAGAUUUGAUUGGGGGCGGUCUGUUUAUGGUGUCCGAGAGCUGA